AAUAAUUUUAAUGGCUUUGAAAUCUGCAGCUUUGUUUGAAAAAAUGGAUCCAUUCAUCAAAUCUUAAGGUACUGAAUUGGUUAAGAAAAUCAAUGCAAUCUAUUUCUUUGAAGUUUCAAAGGCUAAAGGAGAAACUCCAGAAGUUUGGACUGUUGAUCUCAAGAAUGGUUCAGGAGUAUGCAUAUAAAUAAUAUAUUUAUUAGUCUAUUGCUAAAGGACGUGUUGGAACAGCUGAUGCAACAUUUACUAUGGUAGAUGAUGAUAUGAUGGCAAUGGCUUAAGGAAAAUUGAAUCCUUAAUAAGCUUUCAUGUAAGGAAAGAUGAAGAUUAAGGGAAAUAUGGCUGCUGCCACUAAAUUUACCCCAGAUCUUUUACCUAAAGAUGCCAAGCUAUGAGGUUAUAUAAAAAAUACAUAACAAAUCAUCACAUUACAUCAC